CGGAGCUGGUCUCCAAGCCCGCUGUCCUACUGGUUGGCACAGUUACCUAUCACCGGGAGGUGGGAGCGGGCGUGGUCGGGGGCGCUCGUGUAGGCUCAGAGCUCGGCGGGCCACGCAGGGAGCUCGCGGAGGCAGUGUAUAUUCUCCGGGCUCGGAAGUCCGGGCGCCCAGGCAGGGCCUCUUGGGAAGAAGAGGAGGGGAGGAGGGCAGCUCUUCCCGUCUUUUCCUAGGGCGAGCUGUGGAGGAGCGCGGAGCCUCGGCAGGCCCGCCCCAGGACCUUUAGGGGCCGGCUCUGUGGAGCUGUGGCCCGCGCGGGGGGCACUGAAGGAGGGCCACCACCACCCACGCUGACCCAGGCUGACGGAGGUCAUCGCCCACGCUGACCCCGGCCUUUGCGGGCGCAGCCCCAGCUCCCUCAAGUGCAGGAAGCACCUGGGUGGAGGCCUCCUUCAGGAGAACCCAAGAUGGCAUCCGUGGACUUCAAGACUUAUGUGGAUCAGGCGUGCAGGGCUGCUGAGGAGUUUGUCAACGUCUACUACACCACCAUGGAUAAGCGGAGGCGUCAGCUGUCCCGCUUAUACAUGGGCACAGCCACCCUGGUGUGGAAUGGAAAUGCUGUUUCAGGACAAGAAUCCUUAAGUGAGUUUUUUGAAAUGUUGCCUUCCAGUGAGUUCCAAAUCAAUGUGGUUGACUGCCAGCCUGUACAUGAUGAAGCCACCCCAAGCCAGACCACAGUUCUCGUUGUGAUCUGUGGAACAGUGAAGUUUGAAGGCAACAAACAACGGGACUUCAACCAGAACUUCCUCCUGACUGCCCAGGCCUCAGCCAGCAACACAGUGUGGAAGAUAGCAAGUGACUGCUUCCGGUUCCAGGACUGGGCCAGCUAGUAGAGCAGGCUUCAGCCCUAGCGCUGGAGGGAAACACAGAUCUCAAAAUCUGGAGACACAAGUUCCUUUCUGUUGUUGUAGGCUACACUGCCCAAGCUGAACUUGAGUCCAAGGAGCUCCUUUCUGAGUAUACUUAUUUGUCAUAGUUGCCUUUUCAUAGUAGUCAAAUUUUCUAUUUUUCUACUUGUCCAGUAGAGAC